UGUUUCCGUAGUGACGUCGGCAGGCCCGGAAGUCCUCGAAAUGUAAACACGGAAGAUGUCGCUUGCCUCCCCAUCCCACCGGUCACAACUGGGGUGUCCCCAGCUGCCCCGCGAGCGGUGUUUGGCAGCCGCCCUGCUGCAGGGACUGGCCGUGGUGUCAGUGUGCACCUCCGUGUCUGACCCAAGCUGGCUGCAAGUGCGGCUGCCGGGGGAAGAGGAUUAUGUGUACGGGGUGGCCUUUGUCCUGCACCUGGGGGGCAACCUGACUGGUACUCACUACCUGCUUCACAAGGAUGGGAUAAGCCUCCUGCUUCUGAUGACAAUGUGCUGCUAUAUAAGUAUUCUCAUGGGCUUUGCUGCUUUCUUACUUGACUUUCUGGAGACCAGGAAUGCCCAAAUAAUGGGCAUGAAAUUGGCAGUAAUUAUGCACUUUAUUACUGCCAUCUCGACAGCGGCAGCUGUGGGCCUGUGCUCCUAUCUCUUUGUGUUGCUAUUGCAGGAGAUAGCUGGAAAGUCCAUCAAGACGUCACAAAAACCAGUCAUAUUUGGAGAAAGUUUUUUUUUUGCCAUCUUUGCAUGCGUGAUGUCCCUUUUCGCAGCCUUGUUAAGUCUCUGUUAUUCCAGAACAUACAGAAGAGAAGCAAAUGUACGAAACUUUCGACAAAUGACUGAAGACUCAAAUCCACUUCUACAGGAGCCAACCGAGGCCCCUUCUGUUGUGGAAUAUGGAUGAGCAGAUGUUUUUUUUUUCUGACAAUGUAUUGGUUUGAUGUGCAACAAAAAAGUAAUGACCAAAAACGUACUUCAUAACCAGGUGUAAGCAGUGUUGGAAGGAUUUUCCACGUUGUACAGUAUUAUUUCUAAGAUGCCUUUAACCAAACGGGUUAUCUUUCUAGUGCUCUAAUUUAUUGUUGAUACUUAAUUUAUGCAGAAAACCGUUUGCCUUACUUGGCUCAGGGUUUAGUUAAAAUGAUUCUGUAGGUCCUUAAGAGAUUUAUAUUUUAUAUUCAGUAAUUGUUUUACAUAAGGAAGUUUGUCAUUUUGUUUUUUUCCUGCAUCUUAUUCCCUUCACUCUUUAGAUAUAUUAUUUGUGAAUGUUGACCAAAAAGACACGUCCUUGUGACCAGAAGUUUAGGUGUCAAUAUCCAGCAAAUGUUGAAUGCAAUUUACCGUAUCUGCAGUGUGAUAUAUAUAUAUAUAUA